UAACGUCUUCCCUUCCCUUCGCAGCCGUCCCCUUCCCUCCCACGCAGCGGCUCACCCUGAAGGAGGUGUUCGAGGACGGCAAGCCUCGCCUCGACGUCCUGAAGAGCCACUUGGUGAAGGAAGGGCGCCUGGAAGAGGACGCGGCGCUCAAGAUCAUCAACGAUGGGGCCGCCAUCCUGCGGCACGAGAAGACGAUGAUCGAGGUGGAGGCUCCCAUCACAGUGUGCGGUGACAUUCACGGGCAGUUUUUUGACCUGAUGAAGCUCUUCGAGGUGGGAGGAUCACCCAACAACACCCGCUACCUCUUCCUGGGGGACUACGUGGACAGAGGCUACUUCAGUAUAGAGUGCGUGCUGUAUUUAUGGAGUUUGAAGAUAAACCAUCCCAAAACCUUGUUCCUCCUUCGAGGGAACCACGAGUGCAGGCACCUCACAGAAUACUUCACCUUUAAGCAGGAGUGUCGAAUCAAGUAUUCGGAGCGAGUGUACGAUGCGUGCAUGGAUACCUUUGACUGUCUUCCUCUCGCUGCCCUCCUAAACCAGCAAUUCCUGUGUGUUCACGGAGGGCUGUCUCCAGAAAUCACGUGUCUAGAUGACAUUAGGAAAUUAGACAGGUUUAAGGAGCCUCCAGCCUUCGGCCCGAUGUGCGACCUGCUCUGGUCCGAUCCGUCGGAAGACUACGGCAACGAGAAGACGGUGGAGCAUUUCGCCCACAACACCGUCCGAGGCUGCUCCUAUUUCUACAGUUACCCUGCAGUUUGUGAUUUUUUGCAGAACAAUAGUUUGUUAUCUGUCAUCCGAGCUCACGAAGCCCAGGACGCUGGGUACCGAAUGUACAGGAAGAGCCAGACAACGGGCUUUCCGUCGCUAAUCACAAUCUUCUCCGCACCAAAUUACCUAGAUGUCUAUAACAACAAGGCUGCUGUCCUGAAAUACGAAAACAACGUCAUGAACAUCAGGCAGUUCAACUGCUCCCCUCAUCCGUACUGGCUCCCGAACUUCAUGGACGUCUUCACGUGGUCUCUGCCUUUUGUGGGAGAGAAGGUCACAGAAAUGCUCGUUAACAUCCUCAACAUAUGCUCCGAUGAUGAGUUGAUUUCAGAUGGCGAUGAGACAUUGGAAGGUGGGACAACGGUCCGCAAAGAGAUCAUCAGGAAUAAGAUCCGAGCCAUUGGGAAGAUGGCACGCGUCUUCUCGGUCCUUCGGGAGGAAAGCGAGAGCGUGCUGACCCUCAAAGGCCUGACUCCCACAGGUACCCUGCCCCUGGGAGUGCUCUCAGGGGGGAGGCAGACCCUGCAGACCGCCACAGUAGAAGCGGUAGAGGCACGGGAAGCCAUCCGUGGAUUUUCGCCCCAGCACAAGAUCCGCAGCUUCGAGGAAGCCCGAGGGCUGGAUCGCAUCAACGAGCGCAUGCCGCCGCGCAAAGAUUCAAUGCACUCGGACGGGCCGGUGAACUUGGUAACCUCCACAAACUCUGCGGACAAGAACGGCACGGGGAAGAAAGCCCAGUAACGGUCCGAGCGCCCGGUCUGCACCACUAAAGGAUCCAAAACUUAAUGAAUUUUAUUUAUUUAUUAUCGGGGUGGGGUGGGGGCAGGGGAGAAACCAACUUCACCUGGAGGCACGUCCAUAAUCCCGUCUGCAUCCGUUCCGUAAGAAAGGUGACCGUUUUGUAAGUUUUUUAUUUAUGUUCGAUAUAUAAAAAAGAAAGUCCA